CUCAACGACCUCUCGUAUGUGCUGCCAGCCUCUGGAGCGAAAAUAGAGGACUACGUCAUCUACACUAUCGGACUCUUCUGCUUCCAGCGGUUUACAAGUAUCAGUUAAUUAUGAACAUCUGCAUUCGCUGAGUAUAUGCAUAAAGUAUGUAUGGCUUAAUAAACUGAUUCAGGAAGGUUCACGUUUCCUGCCGCAGCCGUGCAAUCAGUUCACCUAACCCACAGGUGUGUAAGCUGUAUGUAUGUGUGGCUGUUGUAAAUUGUAUAGCAGCUGAUUAAUAACGUGGUAAUGGAAUAGAUUAUAAAUUGGUGUGAUCCCCACUUAGAGUAGAUAUAGUGAAGUAUUUGUGACCCGCACAACCUCUUUAAACCCUUUUCUUUGUCCAUAUAAGUGGAUAUUAUGAGUAUCAAGAUUGUCCUCAGAAAUCACUAUUCUUUGAGAUAAGUUAAUGUAUUUUAGUCGCAGAAGGAUUGUGUUGACUUAAAAAGUUAAAGAUGUAUUGGUGACAAUCACAAAUAAGGGCUCUAAACAUUUUUAAAAAUUAUAAUAAUUGUGGAGUUGGAGUCCUUUUUCUUUCCAGUUUGUAAAUGGUACUGUCUGUGCUUGUUUUUUACCGCAGGUGUGCAUGUUGUGUUCUGUGGGGUAUCACCUGUUCGCGUGCCACCGGUCAGAGAAGACUUGCCGUCGCUGGCUGUCUUUGGACUACGCAGGCAUCUCUGUUGGCAUCCUGGGCUGCUAUGUACCCGGGAUCUUCUACGCCUUCUACUGUAACGCUUUUUGGCGACAGGUCUACCUGCUGACAGUGCUGUCCCUGAUCCUAGCCGUCUUCUGUGCUCAGGUCCACCCUCAUUACCUCAGCAAUGAAUGGCGAGGGAUUCGGGCGACGAUCUUCUGCUGUGUGACUGGCAUCAGUGUGAUCCCGGCAUGUCACUGGGUCUGGCUCAAUGGAGGAUUCCACACUGACGUUGUACAGCUGUUCCUGCCUCGUAUAAUCGUGAUGUACCUGAUAGCUGGAUCGGCUUUCUUGUUCUACGUCACCAAGAUCCCCGAACGCUGCUUCCCCGGCCAGCUGAACUACCUGGGUGCCAGUCACCAGGUAUGGCACAUACUGGUGGUGGUGAUGUUUUACUGGUGGCACCAGACUGCUCUACACAUCAUGCACUUCAGGCACAGGCAGUCCUGCCCGACCAGCAGCAGCUAAGUUGAACUGAUCCAACAUUGUUCUGGAAAGGCCACCGGUUGCAGGCUAAAAAGCUAAAACGGUUAAAAGACAUCAGUUAGACUCCGUUAUGUUAAUAUUCAAACACUUCCCACCAGUUAGCUGCUGGUUAGAAGUUGCUGCCUCAAGGUUUUUUCAACCACUAUCUGCGAAGUUGUAAAACGUAGUCUGAUGGUUGCUCUUAUCUUCCACUGAGCCUCUGGUUACUGUUUGACUGCUGUUUAAUGGCCAGUGAUACAUUAAGUUUACUAUCUCCAACACUAGAUAUCAGCUUGGAGUGGAUAGACGCUACUGUACAUCUAUAAACUGCUUAAUCACCAUAACCAUUAAGCUGCAUGAAGCUGGCAUAAACAUUACUUUGUAGGUGUUUUUUUAACUUGUCAUCAUUUUUAUCUCAUUGUUGGUUGAGAUUGGGAUGAGUUUUGAAAAUAACGACAAGGAUUCUGUUUAUCAAACAAAAAUGCCUGUGAAAUAUGAUUUUUUUUGCUUUUUUCCUCAUCAGUUUUUACGAGGUUAGAUUGUAUAACAUGUCUUGAUGGAAUGUGGAAAGCACAGAACAAAAACACGACAACUAGAAAAUCAACUUAUAAACACUGUGAACUCUGGGACAUGUAAUGUCCCAACACCUCAAGCACUUGAAGCUUUCGAACAAAUAGCUAAAGGUCAAUCAACGAUCAAGCUGCAAUAUCUAUGAAGAAAAUGUAGGAACCAUAUUUAGACUGCAGUACAUUAUUUAUUUAUAACUGCUUGAUUUGUGUGUGUGUCUUUGUCUUUGGAACAAAUAAGUUGGAUGUUUCAAAUAACUCUAAAGUGGCCAAAUCCAGUAUGUUAGGACCGUAUAUACAAGGCGAGAUCUCAUAUCAGCCUUAAUACCAGAGCAACAGAGCUAAUCAAAAUACUGUACAACCAGCCCCUUUUGAUAUAAUUGCUAUUAGUAGCGAUUGGAUUUAAACCUUUCAGUAAACAGGAUGUGUCACAAGGCAAGUGGUGAAAAAAAAGUCUGAAUCACUUGCUAAAUAUGUUGAUAAUCUCUGCCCCACAUCGUUCUCCUGACAUGGCAAAUGAUUCUGGGGUCAUGUGUGGAGUUACCGACUACUGCAUGCUUUGUUAGAAGGUGGUUCUGCAUGGCUGAAAUGAGAACAACAAAUGUUGAUUGUAAUAUGGAUGAAAUGACCCUUUGAACAACAGCUUGAACUGGACAAUUAAAAUGACAACAAAAACCUUUUUUCUGACCACCUAGUGAGCGGUAGCAGUUUUAACUCUCACUGAUUGGUCAAAACCUGGGGCUUUAGGAAGUUAAAGCCCAAAUUGUUCUCAUAUGUCACCUUUGCAGCCUUUGGCUCAUAUAGUCUAUCAUAAAGGCUAACUGUGUGAAACAGUGUUGUCAUUGUCUGUUUGAUGCUGUUUAAAUGAGGCCAGUGUUACAUGUACCUGAAGCACUUCUCCCCCCCCCCUCCACACCCUUUUGGACAUAUUUAAGUGUUUAGUGUUUGCUUUAUUACAUAAUUCUAAUGAUGUUUGUAUGUUUUUGCCUUAUCUUUGAGUAUUUGUACUGUUUACACACUUGCUGUUAUAAUCUGCUUUGGGUCAAAAACAAAUGAUCAAACUCAGUUUCAUCUUUGCUCUUAGACAACAAGGCCAGUAUGGUAUUGAAUCAAAUUCAAUGCUUGGAACAAGUUAUGAAUUUUUAGUUAAGAUCGCUACUGCUGCAGAGCUGCAGAACUGGAAGUGGCACAAUGAAAGAAGUGACUUUAUUUUUGCCUUUUAUGUGUGUGUUUUUACUUUUGAUCAUACAUAAAAAAUCAUCUCAUGAUUGUUUUAUGCUGUGUUUGGGUUUUCCUUGAAUAUCAUUUAUAUGAUAAAGCACUGGCGCUGAUUUACAAAAUGUAUUCUAUUUAUUUGAGUGCCUAUGUGAAAUUAUAUUUUUAAAUAUUUAGAAUGAAUAAAGAAUGCUGGGAAAUAA